CGCAGAGUCCCACAUAACUCUUGAAUGUCUUGUUCAAGAGUAUGCGUAAUGCAUUCUUCCCGAUCCUGGCACCAGCCGCUUCAUGCGCUCUUACUGUUUCUGUAUUUUUCUGUAUCAGCGGUUGCUGUAUUGUCGUUGUGCUGAUGUGUAACUGUAUCGUUAAGUUACUGUAUUGUUUUUUCUGUACUGUUUUAGUACUGUAUCUCUUAGUUGUGGGCACGGCUGUCUUGUUUUGUAAUUGUUGUAUAAGAGCGCUGGGGCGGUACCGUAUUGUAAAACCGAAAAAGAAAAAAAAA